AUGACUAUUCUUGUUAAAAUAAACACAUCGGAAAAACCAGUUCAUCAUUCAUUUCGAAAAUGGUUUGGUUUGAUAUGGCUUGUAAUUGAAGUCAAUUUAAUUGGUGGUACAAUAUUUGGUUUUCCAGCUUUAUUUCAAAUUUUACCUCAAUAUGGAAUUUAUGAUGAUAAAAAUAAUUGUUCAUCCUCACGUGUCAAUCAAAGGCAAACAGAAAAUGGAGAUCUAUCUUGUGGAGGACAUCAAACACGACAAUAUCAGAAUGCAUUAACAUUGGGUAUUAUUUUAUUUGAAAUUCCAUCAGUAGUUAUUGGUCCAUUGAUUGAUCGAUUCGGAUGUCGAUUUGUUAAAUUAAUUGCCAUAGUUUUUCAUCUUAUCGGAUGGUUAGCAUUGGCACUAGUUGCACCUGGACGAGAUGCAUUUUUAUACGUUCAUACAAGUUUUUCAUCACUGGCUGGUAUUAUUGUGUUAUUAACAGCUUAUACAUCAAGUGACUAUUUUUCAAAAUCAAGAGCAUUCGUUUCAGCAUUAUUUGCUGGAGCUUGUACAUCAGCUACAAUGUGUGUAUUAAUGUUAAUUAGUUCAUUCAUAUUUCUUGAUUGGAGAUUUCCGAUUCUUAAUUUACCCUAUCAAUUCGAUACAAAAUUGGAAAAGAAAAAAAUUCCUUCAACUAACACUACCAACGAAAAUUCAUUAUCAAACAACAAUGAAAUGGAUAAAAUAAAAUGGUAUACACGAAUUUUGAAAAGAAAAGGUGUUUGGCAUCAUUUAACAAGUCCAUUGUAUUUGUUAUUGGUGUUAUUUUUAAGUAUUCUAUUAUUACCAGGAAUAUUUCUUGCUGUAACAUGGUAUCCAUGGGUAUAUUAUAUCACCAAACAAGAUAAAAUACUGACUAAUAAAUACACAUUUGCAUUUAAUUUAUCUACUGUUUCUGCCAUUCUUAUUUGUCCAGUAAAUGGUUUUCUACUUGGAUUUAAAGCUGAUAAAAGUAAGAAACAAAAAUUAUUUAAUAUAUCAGUAAUGCAAACUAUAUCAUGGCUUAUAAAUAUUGUGGCAUGUAUUGUAUGUAUGUUUGCGCAAACGAGUAUGAUUAUUCCAGCAUUAAUAAUCAAUUGUUUUGCACGAGCUACAAUUGUUGGUGGAAGUCAAGCAGUCGUAGCAACAUUUUUUCCAUCAGAAUAUAUUGGCACAUUAACAGGUGUUAUGUGGACUUUGGUCGGUACAAUUGCCACUAUUCAAUAUGGUUUAGUCAAAUUAACAGAUGAUAUAUCUCGUUCAUGGAGAGCAUGGUUAAUUAUAUUAACACUUGUCAUAUUGAUGUCAUGUCAUUUGAUUCAACUAUGGUGGAAAUAUGUACGAGAAUCAAAAAAGAAAUCAACAGCAACUGUUGUAACAAGCAUCAUAACCAAAUUUUAA